AUGGGUUCCUAUCAGCCCUUUACGAUCAAGGAUGAGCCAGUCGAGAAUCAGCGGCCUCUGAAGGUCCGGGUCAUUGGUGCUGGGUACUCGGGAAUCUACCUAGGCAUUAGAAUUCCUCAACGCCUACGAAAUAUCGAUCUUCAGAUAUACGAGAAGAAUGACGGCGUUGGAGGCACUUGGUGGGAGAAUAGAUACCCUGGCUGCGCUUGUGAUGUUCCAUCCCACAGCUAUCAGUAUACCUUCGACCCAAAUCCAGACUGGUCAUCGUUCUACGCACCCGCGCCAGAGAUAUGUGCGUAUUUACAGAAAAUGGCGGACAAAUACGGGGUUAUGAGAUAUGUCAAGUUAUCACACAAAAUCACAAACUGCAAGUGGGAUGAGGCCACGAAGAAAUGGAAUAUCACGGUGGAGAACACUAAGACCGGGGAGAUCAUUGAGGACGACGCUGACAUUCUGCUUUCCGCCCGCGGGAAUCUUAAUGAUUUUAAAUGGCCAGAUAUACCAGGAUUCGAUACAUUCAGUGGAGAUGUCACACAUUCUGCAGCCUGGAAUCAAAAGGUCGAUUUUACCAACAAGAGAGUCGGCGUAAUAGGAGGCGGAUCCAGUUCAAUCCAGCUUGUUCCAAAACUCCAGAAGCUCGAAGGUGUACAAUUGACCUGUUUUGUAAGAAGCAAGACGUGGAUCUCUAAUCCUUUCGGUGAUAAUGCCAUGGUACAACUUGGGCUGGAUCCUAAGAAGUUUGAAUUCUCUGACGAACAACGUAAAGAAUUUGCUAGCGAUCCCGAAAAGUUCCUCAAAUUCAGAAAGGCGAUCGAAGCAGAUGGAAACACGAUCCACGCGGUUACAUUGCGGGAUUCGGAGAUACAAAAGGGCGCCGUGGAAGCUUUCCAAGCAAUGAUGAAAGAGCGACUGGUAAAGAAACCGGAAAUUGCCCAAUUCCUCAUCCCUUCAUUUGCCGUCGGAUGUCGACGCUUAACCCCCGGACCAGGAUACCUCGAGGCUCUUGUUGAAGAUAAUGUCAAUUUCGUGACGGAAGAGAUAUCCUCGAUCACUCCGAAGGGCAUUGUUCUCUCUAAUGGCGAAACAGUCGAGAUCGAUGUCCUCGUCUGCGCAACUGGAUUCAAAACUGGUGCUCCUCCACCUUUCCAAGUCUACGGCAAGGGCGGCGUGUCCCUAGAAGAAAAGUUUAAGCCUUACCCAGAAACAUAUCUCUCGGUGGGUGUUGAUGGCUUCCCCAAUUUCUUCAUGAUGUUGGGUCCCAAUUCCGCCAUUGGAGCCGGUUCAUUGACGACGAUGAUCGAGAACGAAGGGGAUUACAUAGUCAAAUGCAUCAGAAAGCUCCAGAAAGAAGACUACGUCUCUAUGACGCCGAAGGCCGAGCGGGUCAAGGAUUUCUCGGAAUUCUGCGGCGAAUACUUUAAGAACACCGUCUACAUGGAUAAUUGCAAUUCCUGGUAUAGAAGUGAAGGCGGCAAAGGCAAUCGGAUUACUGGACUCUGGCCUGGAAGCUCUUUGCACUGUCUCGAGACACUGAGAACACCAAGAUGGGAAGAUUUUGAAUAUGAAUCGAAGGACGAGAAUAAACUGCGGUGGAUAGGCAAUGGUUGGAGUAUGACCCAUAUUGAGAAUGGUGGGGAUCCUGCCUGGUAUUUGGAGCCGAGCAUGAUGAGCAUCCCUCUUCCUGGCCAUCCGGAGGAGGAUGAGGAAUAUAAGAAACGCCCAUUUUCGCACUGA